AUGCAUACAGGACCAUAUCAAAACCUCGCCGACAUGGUGGUCAUGCACUACCAUAACUCAUCCCUCAACGGCGGAGAGAGCAAAGAACACCGCCCCCGAUGCCUCGUCGCGGUAGCCGGCGGGCUAGGUAGCGGCAAGUCCACGAUCGCAGGGGAGGUGCGCGACCGGGUGGAGGAGCAAGGGCUCAAGUGCCAGGUGAUCACAGUCGAGGGCUUCCUGAAGCCGGAGGAGCAGCUGUCGGAGGAGCAGCUCAAGCAGCGCGGGGCGAUCGACACGCUGGACGGCGACGCGGUGCUGCAGAUGGUGCAGGACCUGCGCGACAGCCGCACGGGCGAGGACAUAUGCGUGCCCGGGUUCGACGAGCACGCGCGCGAGCCCGUGCCGGCCGGCCAGGUCAUCCGCGCCAGCACGCAGGUCGUCAUCAUCAAGGGGACGUACGUGCUGGCGGACGCGCAGCCGUGGCGGAAGAUCGGCGCGCUGGUCGACGAGAGGUGGUUCAUCUACGUGCAGCCUGAGGUGGCGCGCGAGCGAGGCGCGGCGCUGUAUCUCGACAAGGGCAUCGUGGAGUCGAAGGAGGAGGCGUUCAGGAGGUAUGAUGAGCUGGGUGUGUACACCAACAAAUAUGUCAACAGGCAUUCUUGUCGCGUCGAUAUUGUCAUUGAGAAUAAUGAUGAUACUGUACCGCUGGCGGGGUAG